GCGCGUCAUCAAGCAUGAAGUAAAAAGAGGAAUAGCGCGCCCCCGAGCGUACGCAAAGUCUGACUGUACCACAGUUGUCAUCUUGAACAUGUUAUGGAAAUUAUUAACGGAAUGCGAUACAAUUUUGUCACAGAUCAUGCAAAAAAUCGUAAACGCAAGUUUAUCCCUGCACGUGCAUUAACACGACGAACUUUUGGCUGGUUUUGAAGGAAGCGAGUUUAUGGUUCCGGUGACGAGCUGCUUUUCUCUGUCAGGAAACUCACUGCGCGAAAGAUUCAUUCUAGCAUUUGCUGUUUAUCACCAUCACAAGAAUGCUUGGACUAAUGUCGACUAAAGAUCUUAUUUGCCGCUUACUGUCACCCAGAUAACUUCAACGGCGUUUGGAUAGCAUAUUUUCGCACUUUCGCUAAGUUUUAACUUGUCAUGCAAGUUGCGCACAUCAACGGAAAGCGGAAUUUGUUCUCGAAGUUCAAGUAGCCUCUGGCUGUAAUGCGCAGCAUUUCUUUUGUCCACACCAUCGGCAGUGGGAUUUAUGUGUCAUUUUUCUAAUACACUUUUUUUCGAUUUUAGUUCGAUAAAGUGGAUACAUAAAUGCUUGUCUCACAGUCACAUGCCUUCAUUCAAAAAGAUUUGUCGCAUAAUAAUGCUGAGAUUGUCCAAGCAUCCAGCUGAGGCUCGUUUCUUUUUCAUGUCCUUGUACAAACUUAUUACCCACCGGUGUUGGAUUGAUACAUUUGCACGGACAGUAAUCGUCGCCUUUCACUAAAAAGUGAAAACUAUAUUGAACUGACCAAGCACAUCGAAGAAGAAAAAAUUUGCAAACCUAGCAGGAAAAGAAGCCAUCAAAAUUACGGAAAUCGCUUCGUCCUUUUCCUACAGUCUGCUGUUACAAAUGGAUUUUAUUAAAGCAACACGCUUACCUCUGCAUCACUAGUGUUAUUACAAGACAUCUGGAGUUUAUUAUUCAGAUUUAUUUGAGACUUUUUUAUACAACAGUUAUGUUGCAAAUCUAUAAUGAUAGAGUCAACGAAGCUUACCUUUCUUAAUCUGUUAAACACGUUAUUCUUUGUCGCUUCGUGAUUUUAUUUCAUCCAUAUGACUGUUACUGUCACUCUCAGCGUAAUCAGGUGAUUGCGCAUUUUGUGUUUUUAAGAAGUGUCAGCUUUUACCCCAGGAGCAUAAAGUCACGGAUGAUAUGGGAGACCCUCAGGUGCCCGCGCACCUGGACGCGCUUUAGCGAUGGCAGUCUGUCCACUUUGGUGGAGGGACUGGAUAUCUGUUCACUGUCCAACUGCAUUAACUGUGACUAUAAAGUUUCCAAGAGAGGACUGAAAGCGGCUGAGGGCUCCCUCAUCUGCAUCUGUACUUCACCCAAAGUUCAGGACAUUGAUGGGUGUCGCAGCAGGACAGUGUGUGUGAGGACCUCAAAACGAGAGCAGAAACAGUUACACUGCCAAAAUGAAUGAGAGACAGGCUCUCCAUUCAAUUAUGAAGGAUCUGGUGGCCCUGCAGAUGACUAGGCGCCAGCCUUCGACAACCUAUGACACGGCAAAACCCAAACCUGUCAGCACCGCCGGCUCAUCCAACAGAAUGGAUGAUGUCAGAAUUAAGUUUGAAUUCUGCGGUGAAAGAAGGAUUCUGAUGUUUGGGCGGCCUGUGCAGUUUGAGGAAAUCCAGCAGAAAGUCAAAACAUUCUUCGGUCAGCAGUUAGACCUGCAUUAUAUGAAUAAUGAGCUGUCCAUUCCCCUGCGCAGUCAGGAUGACUUGGAUAAAGCCAUUGAUCUGUUGGAUCGCAGUUCAAACAUGAAGAGCAUCAAGAUCAUGCUGCUGACACAGGAACUAAGCAAUGCCUCUUCUCCAUCUCAUCACACCGUGUGCAAGCAGGUCCGCAUUAAAACCUCACAGUCCACUGGCGAUGUCAGUACCGUAUACCAGUCCUCAGAACCCAGAGGACGCCACCACUCGACCAGCUCUCAGAACACUGGGCGCAGUUCUCCUCCCCCUGGUUACGUUCCUGAGCGCCAACAGCGAAUUGCACGCCAGGGAUCCUACACCAGUAUCAAUAGUGAGGGGGAGUUCAUACCUGAAACCAGUGACCAGUGUGUGCUGGAUCCCUGGAGCAGUGCAGAAAACUCUGUGUCCGGCAGCUGUCAGUCGCUGGACAGCAACUCUGAAAGCCCCUCACUCAGAAAACCUCGUACACACAGAAUUAAGAGUUAUCCUGACAACCGGCAGGACUGUUCAGACCGGGAAAACCAUGUUUAUGAUAAGAUUGUGGGGAAGGGAGGGACGUACCCCCGGAGGUAUCACGUGUCCCUGCACCAUAAAGACCACAGUGAAGGUCGGCGGACAUUUCCACGGAUCCGCCGUCCUCAGGGCAACCUAUUUACUUUGGUGCCAUCACGGCGAUCGCUAAACGGCAGUGAAGAGAGUGUGGGGAGCUGGCAGUUGGUUGAUGCCAAGGCUAGACUUCGCCCACAGGACCGUCCAGUCCCUCAUAAGUCCCCUACAGCUCCGUUGACGUGGCGCAGAGGGAAAUUGCUGGGUCAGGGGGCUUUUGGGAGAGUGUAUCUAUGCUAUGAUGUAGACACAGGCAGAGAACUUGCAGCAAAACAGGUUCAUUUUGACCCUGCCAGUCCAGAAACCAGCAAGGAGGUGAGCGCUUUGGAGUGUGAGAUACAGCUGUUGAAGAACCUGCACCAUGAGCGGAUCGUCCAGUACUAUGGUUGCCUUCGAGACCACAAUGAAAAGACCCUUACCAUUUUCAUGGAGUAUAUGCCAGGGGGCUCAGUCAAAGACCAGCUAAAGGCGUAUGGGGCUUUGACAGAAAAUGUGACGCGCAAGUACACCAGACAGAUCCUGGAGGGCAUGUCUUACCUGCACAGUAACAUGAUAGUCCACAGGGACAUCAAAGGUGCCAACAUCCUGCGAGAUUCAGCAGGCAACGUGAAGCUGGGAGAUUUCGGCGCCAGUAAGCGGCUUCAAACCAUCUGCAUGUCCAGCACCGGGAUCCGUUCUGUUACGGGAACACCGUACUGGAUGAGUCCAGAGGUCAUUAGCGGAGAGGGGUACGGUCGGAAAGCUGAUGUUUGGAGUCUCGGCUGCACUGUGGUGGAGAUGUUAACGGAAAAGCCCCCAUGGGCUGAAUACGAAGCCAUGGCAGCCAUAUUUAAGAUCGCCACUCAGCCUACCAACCCUCAGCUUCCCUCUCACAUCUCCGAGCACACGCGCGACUUUCUCCGCUGCAUCUUUGUGGAGGCCAAGUACCGACCGAGUGCAGAGGAGUUGCUCAGACAUCCCUUCUCCCAGAUCUUGUGUUGAGGAGGUCAAACGUCUAUCCAGCUGCUUCCACCAGUUAAAGGGCCUCAGAGGAACAAACGUCCCUCAUACAAACAUUUUAAAGGUCAUUCAAAGACUCAAGCCAUGAUAAGCUGAGUAUCAAAGGCAAUCGACUUUUCCAAAACAUGUGGCCUGCUAGCACCCAGUCAGCUGUUGGCAGGAUGAGGUCACGCAAGUUUUAUUUAUAAGGGUCUCUGCAACAGCAGGGGGCACUACAGGAUACUUUACACAUUUCUAUUUGAGGAAUAAACGGAUCACUUAACAGGAUAAGCAGCGGCUUUAAACUGCACUCUUCAUUAUUAUAAUUGCCAGACUUUUCUCUUUUGAAGCCUGCAUGGUUUAUCUCUCACACUUAAAAGCAGACAUCAAGAAUGUCUCCCAGUAAUGAAUGUUGUACACCGGGACUAUUCAUCUUUGGUCCUGGAAGGCCACUUCAGAGUUUAGUUUCAAAUAAAACACACCUGCUUGCAAUAUAAGUAACCCUGAAGACCUUGUUUGA